CAAGAUAAAGUGGAUAAAAAAGACUUUCGAAAGGCUGUAGAUAUAUAUUUAAAGAAAGAGUCACUGUAUAGAAGGGGUAGUGUGGAAUUUAUUAACUCAGCCUUAAAACAGAUGAAAAAGUAUGAUGCACAUAGAGAUUUGAUGUCAUAUAAAGUUUUAAUAUCAGUUUUUCCAAAAGAUAAAAUGAAGCCAUUAUCUUCGUGGCAGAGUGAAAUGAUGCAUUAUCCGAAACAACAGCAAUGUGGGAUUGAUAUUAUGGAACAGAUGGAACGAAAUGGCAUUAUACCAGAUCAACAAUUUGGAGACCUGCUGUAUGAUAGAUUUGGUGAAACAUCUCAUGUCUUCAGAAAAUAUCAACGAAUGGCAUAUUGGCUACCCAAGAUAAAAAAUGCCAAUCCUUACCCUGUACCAGAUACUUUUCCUGAUUGUAGAAUAGAAUUAGCUAAACUAGCUUUAAACAGAAUGUGUAUAGAUUAUCACAAUAAAAUAACUGUUUGGGAGACACAUGAUAAGGAAGAAGAGGCAACUCAAAAUACCUUUAUUGCUAGUGCAAUGAGUCCUGAUCAACAGGAAUUAAUAUCAAAACAUCCCAUUAGUAAACCAUUGUUUGUUGAAGGCUAUUACACUACUUGGUUGAGACAUAUUAGUCAGCAGUAUUUUGUACUCAGAGCUGAUCCUCAGCCUAUAAAUUUUGAAAGGAAAAAGGCAGAAGCAGACCAAGAACUAUUUGAAUGGGAAACAAUAUUCGAGGAAGAACAAUCAACUAUGAUAACUAAUGAAAUUGGGAUACAUGAACAAGAGGAUGGUACAAUAUUAGGAAUGUGUAUAACUGGUACUGCUUCCAAAAACUCUGUGAUGACAUGGGUGAAAUAUCUACAGGAAAACAACCCUAACCUGAUUAAUAUACCCAUAGUGUUC